AUGACCUAUCCAUUGAGGACCUAUUUAGACCUUGAGGAUAACCCUGUGAACUGUGUUGAUUUCAUUAUGCUGCGACGAAAACCAACCCGCCUGGAGCUGAAACUUGAUGAUAUUGAGGAAUUUGAGAGCAUUCGAAAGGACCUGGAGACCCGUAAGAAACAAAAGGAAGAUGUGGACAUUGUAGGAGGCAGUGAUGGAGAAGGUGCCAUUGGACUCAGCAGUGAUCCCAAGAGCCGGGAACAAAUGAUUAAUGAUCGAAUUGGUUAUAAACCCCAACCAAAGCCCAACAGUCGUUCAUCUCAAUUUGGAAAUUUUGAGUUUUAG